AUGUUCGGGGCAGGGAUAGUGAGCAGCAACAAAUCAGGUCGCGAGGCCACUGGAGACUUCCUCAUGCACGGACUCCUCGCCAUAUCAGCCCUCCACUACGGCCACGUCCACCCAGAGAAGCACGACGAAUACGAGCUAAUCUCGAACCGCCACCAAGAAGCCGCCUCUUCACUAUUCUCCUCCCAACUCCACAACCUAAACGAACACAACUGCAACGCCUUCGUCGUCCUCGCCACCCUGCUCUUCCGCAUCCAAACCUUCGUCAUCGCCGACUCCCACGCGCGUGGCCGCCACAUCACCACGCAGCAAAUCGCCCAAUCCUUCAUGCUCUCCCAAGGCACGAAAUCCAUCUUCUCCAUCCCCCCCGUCUGGACCUGGGUCCGCCGCGGGCCCCUCGCCGCCGUCCUCGACCUGCCCCACACCGAACCCGCCAACACCUCUCCCCCCGGCGCCUUCGCCACGCAACUCGACCGCCUGCUCGACCUGGCGCGCAGCAUCCUCGGGUCGCCCGACGCGCUCGAGCUGCGGUCCGCCUGCAUCCUGGCCGUCGAAUCGCUCCGCCUCACCUACGCCUUCCUGUGUGGGUCGCCGACGCCGCGGUCGGACUGCGUGUGGCUGUGGCCGGUGACGGCGCCGCCGCGGUUCCUGCAGGCCGUCGGCGAGGGGCAGCCGGUUGCGUUGGUGGUGCUGGCGCAUUAUGCGGUUUUGACGAGGCAUUGUGAGGAUUCUUGGGUGUUGGAGGGGUGGAGCGAGGCGGUUGUGGGGGCGGUGGAGGGGGCGUUGGAAGGGAAAGGGUGGGAGGGGUGGGUGGGGUGGGCGGGGAGGUGUGUGAGGGAGGGGGUUGAUGUGCUUGGGGCGUGA